GAUCCUGAGCUUGCUUAGGAGGGAUGGCCACGGUCCCCAAGAGCAACAUGGGACCUACCAAGGCGGUUCCCACCCCAUUCGGCUGCAUUGGCUGUAAACUGCCAAAGCCGGACUACCCACCAGCGCUAAUCACCUUUAUGUUCUGUGCGAUGGUUGUCACCGUCAUCUUAGACCUGAUCGGCAACUCCAUGGUCAUUUUGGCUGUGACCAAGAACAAGAGGCUCCGAAAUUCUGGCAACCUGUUCGUGGCCAGCCUCUCCGCGGCAGACAUGCUGGUGGCCAUCUAUCCUUACCCUAUGAUGCUGUAUGCCAUGUCAGUUGGAGAAUGGGAUCUGAGUCAGCUCCAAUGCCAGUUCGUCGGGUUCGUCUCUGGACUGAGUGUAGUGGGUUCCAUCUUCAACAUUACGGCCAUCGCCAUCAACCGUUACUGCUACAUCUGCCACAGCCUCCAAUACAAGCGGAUCUUCAACCUGCGCAAUACCUGCAUCUACCUGGUCGUUACCUGGGUCAUGACUAUCCUGGCUGUCGUGCCUAACAUGUACAUUUCCAGCGUUGAGUAUGAUCCUCGCACCUACUCCUGUAUCUUCAACUAUUUGAACAACCCCUCCUUCACUGUGACCAUUGUCUGCAUCCACUUUGUCCUCCCUCUCAUCAUAGUUGGUUAUUGCUACACCAAAAUCUGGAUCAGAGUGCUGGAAGCCCGUGACCCAGCCGGACAGAAUCCUGAGAAUCAGUUUGCUGAGGUUCGAAAUUUUCUAACCAUGUUUGUGAUCUUCCUCCUUUUUGCAGUGUGCUGGUGCCCUAUCAAUGUGCUCACUGUGUUGGUGGCUGUCAGUCCAAAGGAUAUGGCAGGCAAGAUCCCCAACUGGCUUUAUCUUGCAGCCUACUGCGUAGCCUACUUCAACAGCUGCCUUAAUGCUGUCAUCUACGGUAUCCUUAAUGAGAGUUUCCGACGAGAAUACUGGACCAUCUUCCAUGCUUUGCGACACCCUAUCCUCUUCAUCUCUCGGCUCAUCGCUGAUAUUCGGGAGGCUCGGGAGACCCGAGCUCUCACUCGUGCCCGUGCCCGUGCCCGUGCCCGUGCCCGUGAUCAAGCCCGAGAGCAAGAGCAUGCCCGUGUCUGUCUUGCUGAGGAGGGAACCCCAAGGAACAUCCGGAAUGUUCUACUGCCUGGUGAUGAGGCAGCAGCCCACUCUGAUUCUGCCUCUGUCCACCCUAAGCCCCAAACCAGGUCUGCUUCUGUCUACCGCAAACCUGCCUCUAUCCACCACAAGUCUCUCUCUGGCCACCCCAAGUCUGCCUCUGUCUACCCUAAGCCAGCCUCCUCUGUCCAUUUCAAACCCAGCUCUGUCCAUUUCAAAGGGGACUCUGUUUAUUUCAAGGGAGACUCUGUUCAUUUCAGGGCUGCUUCCAAGUUUGUCACUAGUCAUCCUACCUCUGCUGGCUCUUCCCCUAGCCAUCCUACAUCCACUGCAGGUUACAUUAAGCCUGGUACCAGCCACACUGCAACCACCACUAUUGACUAUCUCGAGCCUGCUACCACCAGCCGUUCUGUGCUCACUGCUGUUGACCUCCCUGAGGUCUCAGCCUCCCAUUGCUUUGAGAUGACCACUACUGGCCACCUCAAACCUGGCAUUACUGCCUCCAACUUUCCUUUUGUUUUCCCGGAGUCUGCUGCCACCUCUGCCUCUCUUCCCGACUCCACUGUGAUCCCCAUUCCCGCUGAUGAUUACCGUAAGGUCGUGCUUAUUGAUGAUGACUCUGAUGAUUCCGAUUGUUCUGAUGAGAUGGCUGUGUGAAAGUGUUCUUUACAGUUCACCCUGCUUGGGCAGUCCAGAGGGAGACAUCUCCAUGGCACAGACACACUGCCUGACCCCUCCAGACAUGGACACACAGACAUGGACCCCUCCAGACACAGUAGA